UCCAGAGACCUGGUUUUAUGUGAGGGAGAGGACGCAUUUAGUUUCAUUGCCCUCUGACUUCCUGGUUUAUCAGACGGGUUGCUGUGGUACAUUUGCACGUAGUUUGAGGCUCGAGUAGAAAACAUGGGCUCUGGAGGCUCCUGUGAAUACUCACGAGAGGAAUACGACAGCUAUGCCCUCAAGCUUUAUGAAAUAGCCUCUGAGGAUUCAUCCCUCUUACCAGAUGUAGGCCUAGAUGGGUCUCUGCUGAAGUAUUCUGGUUUGAAGUCCAACGCUGAGCUGCGGAGCUAUUCUGAUGGUCUGGUCAAACAGGUUCCAGAUCUCGUCAAGAAGUUGGGAUCUAUUUUGGGUUCCUACACUGGAUUCACAAAUGCUGUUGGACUCGGAGCAUUGAUGAUUGCCAUGAUCAUAGAUAUAGGCAUGAAGAACCUCUCUGCAACGUCUGAUGGGUUCCUGAAAGCAUUUGGUGAAGAGAAGGCCUCAGGAGUCCGGGACACUGUGUCGGAGUAUGUGAAGCGCCAUCAGAUGUACCUGACUGAUAACCGACACCUACAGGGUGAACUAGAGAGACUGGAGAGACAGCUGAGCAACCAUCUCACCAUCCUCAGAAACUCCCUGCUGCUUGACGGACAGAUGAGGAGCCGUGGGUUGAAGAUCUGGGUGAACGGAGCCUCCUUCCACGUCCAGAUGUUGAUCCAUGAGGCUCGACUGAAUCGGAAGACUGGCAUCAGUUCAAAGGACUAUGUUCAUGUCAUCCAACGGGCCCUCACUACGUAUCUACAGGACCUGGAUCAGCUGCUGGAGAAACACAGGGCUCAGCUAGUCAAAAAUACUUAUUUCUAUUAUUGUCCAAAGUGCUGUGGAACAGCGUGCUGUGGACAAUGGCUUCCAUGUAUAACUCGUGUCAUGAGCUAUAGGAAGGAUCCAUGUGCUUACGGUCGUAAACUGUACGUCUCUGAUAGACCUGGAUUGUUAGAUUCUUAUAUGAAUCAGGUUUUCUCUAAAUUUAAACCACUUUCCGGUUUAAAGAGUCACUUUUCAGACAUCAAGACCAACCUCAAACAUCACAUCGACCAACACGAGUCAUUCACUCUGCCGUCUGCUUGAUAGUCUAGUCCCAUUCCGCUGGUGGUGUGAGAUGUACUAUGUAUUCACUUUAGCUAAAGCUUAUAUGCUGAUUUCAGAGGACAAGCGCUCAGUAACAGGAGACAGAGUGUCAAACAGGAUGUCUUGACCUCGGCUUGACCUACGGAGUAGACGAUAGUGGGAGAACCUGAGGGGCGAAACCAGACAUCCCCCAUUGAUUGACCUCGGCCGCCCGACGACAAAAACAUCCUGGGUAACUUUGGGUAACUAGAACCAGUCUAAAGCGGGUUUUAGGGGAAGUAGCUCAGCCUUAAUAGAACAGACUUUCCACCGGAAGAUCGCACUCUUUUUGCACAGCUCGGGGCGCUUCAGAGACUCCAGAUAUAUCUGGAGAGAAUUGCUCAUGUAAUCGUUUUCUCUUCUUAAUAAAUGUAAAGGUUUUACUUUACUAUAAGCGUGUCGUGAUCCUUCUCAUCAAACAACUCGGAGGGACAAGUGAUAAGCUAAUGGCAGUAUGUUGCUCUUCUUUUUCUAAAUGAAUUGCUUGUUUAUGGAAUUGUAAACCGAUAUGAUUGAGAAACAAUAUUAAUGUGGUGUUUUGUGAUUUGACGGAUUAACAGUGCGCAGAUUUUCAAUAAAUUUACUUAUAUGUUUUUAUUAAAUUGAAAACCUCCAUUCAAAACA